AUGGGCCCCCGUACCGCCUCCUCAUGCUGCUGCCAGGCCCGUAAUCUGCCAUGGGCCCCCGUACCGCCUCCUCAUGCUGCUGCCAGGCCCGUAAUCUGCCAUGGGCCCCCGUACCGCCUCCUCAUGCUGCUGCCAGGUCCAGAGUGUCUCAUGGGUCCCUGUACGGCCUCCCAUUGCUGCUGUCUCCAUCGCCACACUCUGCCAUGUGCCACUUUCAGGUCUCCUCACACUGCUGGUGGGUUCCAUUUUGUCAUAGGGUGCUGUAUGGCCUCCCAUUGCUGCUGCCUCCACCGCCACACUGUGGCUCCACACUCUGGUUUUGGCCCCGUGACUGCCCAAAUGAGUGAAGUGUGCGGUGAUUCUAAGAUCGACGGCACUCAUCUGCAUGUCAUACUGACUGACAGUAUUAUUUCUCUUCCCCAGCAGACUCCAAGGGCAUUUAAAUUAAAGGUACAGUGUUCUGCACUAAUAUAA